GAAUGAUGUUAAGAAUGUUCUGCCACUGCUGUUUGUACUGGAUGGUAGAGCCACUGAUCUGGCUGAAGUUUCUUUGUGCAUUCUUCAGUAACUCUACUGAGCUGAGGAAUGUAGAUGGCUCCACAUUAGCUAGUGAACAUGUAGACCCCAACAGCAACACCCUGAAAGUCCUUGACUGGCCUGAGAAUGCUGUGUCUCUCAGGUAUAUCUGCCAAGACACAGGUAUUGUUCUGCCUCCUGUUCAUAGCAUGGCACUUGGACCUGUUUGUAAAUUUAACCUCACCAUAUUUGUCGCUUCUAAGUAUUGCUUGCGUUUCAGGUAUAUCUGCCAAGACACAGGUAUUGUUCUGCCUCCUGUUCAUAGCAUGGCACUUGGACCUGUUUGUAAAUUUAACCUCACCAUAUUUGUCGCUUCUAAGUAUUGCUUGCGUUUCAGUCACACCCAGACCAGCUAUCAGGUCUAUCAUCUAGUGGGUACUGGUGGCUCUUCCCGAGAUGUAAACCAACUGGAGUCUUAA